CGAGCGUCGGUGAUCGAGCCUUCUGGCAAAGCUCGUCGUGACACCGUUUCGGUGGACUGCUCAAGCCGGGCCGUUGCCCGGGCGCGUUUCGUUGCGUUUCGUUGCGUUUCGUUGCUUCGCGCUGAACGAAGAAAAUUCACAUUUCUACCUUUUUCACUUUGCUUUCACGAUUCCGAUCGUCUUCGAAUGCAGUGAUCAACGUUAUCUUGUCAGUGUGCUCUCGCUUGCACUCUUAAUCUUUUCUUUCUGAUGUAGAUCAGCAUGGCGAUUAACAUAAAAUUUACAAAAUUCGAUAACACACCAUGGGGCUUUCGAUUAGCGGGUGGCAGCGAUUUUCCACAGCCAUUGACGGUCAUCAAAGUUAACGAAGGGAGUCUUGCAGAAUGUAUGGGUAUAAAAGUGGGCGAUGUCGUGGUAAGAUUAAACGAUCAACCGAUCAGCAGUUUGACGCAUGGACAAGCACACGAGGCUCUCAAACUGGCAGGCAACAAUUUCGUUCUUGGUGUACAAAGGGAGGAAGAAGCUCGUAAGGCUCUCGAGGCUAUACCCGACGAGAACAUUGUCCCGUAUAAUAUUUCGCUCGCAGAUUUGCCACCAGUUUUCCCGGAGAAAAUUCUGUCGGAAGAUACGAUUUUGGAGAAGCACGAGGUAGUGAUCGAACGUUUACCGACCCCGGAUAAGGUUGAGGAAUUGCCGGACAAGCCGAAGGACGCCAACAGCGAGAUUAUACCGAAUCAGAAUCUCACCGACGAGGAGAUCGCCCAAUUGAUUCUCGAAGAGGAAGAAUUGCUUCCCGAUAAGGGAGUAUUAGGGGUGAACUUCAAUAAGCCCAAGCCUCGCGCUACAGUGUUGAAAAGUUCGAAGGUCUUGGAGGAGCUUCAACACAUCGCCGCAGCUCCACCACCGGACGUAGAGGAACGUCAUCACAUUUCGACCUUUUUAAAGAAGCCGGAUCGACCUAUACCGAAGGCUAAACCUCGCGAACCAUCGGAGGGAGAACCGUACAGAGUAGUAAUAAAGAAGCAGUCGAAGAAGAGCGUGAUAGCACGUUUGGUGGAGAAGGGUCUGAUACCACCUGGAAGCCUCGACACGCCUGAACCAACGUCCGAGGUAAAGAUGUACGCCCCCGAGGAAUCUAACGAAGAAUCUAACGAAAUUGGGACGGCCGUCCACGAGAUCGAUGUCCCUAAACUUCUACGACAUUCGAUCCGAUCUAACGAUUUCCCAGAUCCCAUUGAAGAGCCUACUCUCGAUCUCGUUUCCGUUAAAACCUUGACUACUAAUCCGAAUCCUCCCACGUGUCUUCCUUCCUUAACUCUUCGUCGAUCGACGAUCAAGCCAAAGCGUCUCUACACGAGAGCUCGUUACUUCGAGAGAUCUCUCCUCGGAUAUCGUAAGGAUUCCGACAGAGUCACUCUCGCCUAUCUUCUCGAACUUAUUCUGGGAAAAUCUUCUCCCAAUGGGACGUUCGGACGGAUAAGAAGGAGGGGCCGUUACAUCGAGACUUAUCUCGAACGGGAGGACAUCUGGUUCAAAUCGAUGUUUAAGGUUUUCUUCGCUAAAAGAAACGAUAUUACGAAGGGAAGAAGGUUCAGCAAGCCUCGAUACGCCGAGCGACUCCUGACGGCGAAUUCUCUUAGAGGGGAGUUCGUUGAGAGAAGGAACACCGCGAAAAUGCAAAAACGACGUUUAUGUCCUAAAGCUCGAUAUUUUGAGCGCGUUCUUGCGAAAGACGUACGACGAUUGAUCGAACUUAUCAAAGAGAUUUCUAUUCGCGUAGAUUUAGGAAGAUUCUUUAUUGGCAGUAACGGGAGAGAGAUUAGACAGGGUGCUAGACGACGCUCGAGUUUGAUCAAGGUCAAGGGUCAUUACUUGGAGCGUUGCUUAGCUCGACAAGACUCCUCCGCUAUAGUUUCGACGCUUACUUCGACGCUGACGGGUCUUAUCGAAUCAACGAAACGUCGAUCGUCGGAAGUUGCCGACGGACAGCUCGAUGUCUCGGUUAAAGCUCGUUCGAGAAGAUGCUCCUACGAUCGCGCUCACUACGGUGAACGUGCGAUCGUACGUAAUCUCGAGAUUCUCGGCAACCUGGCCGAGAAGAUGACCUCGAAGAUACUCGGUUGGCGCGAAGGUCGGCCAACGAACGACGACCUUGAAGUAUCUCUCUCGAAUUCGAUCUCCUACGAGGAGGAAGAAGGAGGAUUUUCCAAGUUCUUACGGUCCACCGGCGAGUUCGUCUCGGCCGAGGUGUUUCAUCGUGGUGGCAGGAGACUAUCGAGAUCGUCCAAGGUCGUCAAGGUCGACUCCCCUAUGGAAUCCAACGGCUGGCUCGGUUUGCUCGCUCGACUCUGCGGCCUUGACAAUGGCGCUCGUUUCUCCGAUGACAGCUUGAAGACGUGCGACGAAAAGAUCGUUCGUGAAGCCGAUUACGAAGCCCGAAGGUUGUCCUUCGUGCCUACCGUACUUUACAAGGGUCUGACCAAUCACAUAGGCGUCGAUUUUACCAGACUCGUAGCUUACACUUUCGUUCCCUGUGCGUCCGUCGUUUUGUUAUACAUGUACAAAAAUUUGAUCGUUUUUAGAUCUAUUUACUUUGUUAAAGAUAAAUGGCAUCUUCGUGUUCAACCUCUUGCACAGGCAACGACACCGGCAGCAACUCCAGAUCUAACUGGGAGAUCGAGCGGAGCCAAGACACCAGAUUCGCGUCCGGAAUCGAAAUUGGAAGUGAUCGAGAGAACGCAGGACGUGGUAACCGAGAAGAUCGAGGAAGUUACUAUCGAGGGAAAGGAUCCGAACGUUAGUCUUGAGGAUCUUCGACAAUCGGUCGAGAGGAAAACUGUCGAGGUUGAAGUAGAAAAGCCAGAAAAGAAGGAGGAACAAAGGGAGGAAAGAAAAGAGGAGAAGGAGAAGGAGGAGGAGAAGGAGGAGGAGAAGGAUAGGAGGGAGGAACCAAUUCUCGCCGGUAUCGAGAGACAGAUGGCUGAAGUGGCGAGCAAGGUCGAUCGGGAGAAGAUCAAGGAGCUCGUGAGGACAGAGAUCAACCUCGAAAAACAACUGGAGAACGUGCAGAGUCAGUUGCUCGCCCUGAAGCAAUUGCCGAGCGAGAUCGAGAAUCACCUUAGGGUCGUGUCGGAGCAACUGAGGAUGAUCAUGGAGCUGAGCGGGGUUCAAAACGGCGGCAGCACCGCCGGUAGCCGUCGUGGAUCGUCAGAAGAUGAAAUCGUCGCUGCAAAGCAGUGUCCUCGAGAAAGUAAAGAAGAAUUACCGGUAGUGGAAGAUAUCAAAGAAGAGGAUGACGUGGAAACUUCGCGAUCCGAACGACCAUCGACCGCCAUGUCGCAAGAACCACCACGGAUAAUAGAAACUACUGACGAUGAAGAACAAGAAACCGAAACGAGAGAAUUGGAUGGUACGAUCUCUAUAAGAAGUAGCGACGACGAAGGUAGUAGGGUCAAGAAAUUCGUUGUUUCGUACGAAACCAAAGUUAUGAGAUCGAGAACAGCUAGUCCAACGCCUUCCUAUGGUAGUUUUGAACCAGAUCCAAACCUGUCACCGAAAGAUCAAGUUAUUCAGGAGUUGCAGUACAGGAAAGGGAGAAAACAUUCGCAAGAUCUCUGGCCCCAGGCUAAACAAUUGGAACUCACGUUUGGUCGUAGAUGGAGAUGUCCAAACGAUUUCUUCAACGACGAGAUGAUAGCCGAAGUAUUAUCCUCUCAAGCGGAAGUUAUUCGCGGGAAAGCACUUGGGGUAAACUUUAAGAAAUACGAAAAGACAAAUCUACCGAAUUACGAUCAUCUGAUGAACUCGAGUGUCUAUAAGAUGAUUCAUAAGAUGGAACGCGAGCCGAAGAAAGGUAUACCCGCGAGGCCUCCCAAAGUAAACGCCGCCGAGGACAUAAUCGAGAGAGUCGUAAGUUUUUAACAAAUAAUCGGUAUUCAGCCUUGCCGAUGACAGAAGUACUUGAAGUAUUAGUCACUAAUGGAAGAGACGUCAAGUUGAAUGAGAUCAUCGAACGGCCGUGUCGACGAUCGAAAUAAGAGGAAACAGCCAACAGUCGCAAGAGGAAUCAAAGAAAGAAUUUCGAAAGGUGUUCGCGUUGAGAUAUUCGAAAAUGUUUUUUUUUUCAUUUCUUUUUUUUUUUUUUUUAAUCUUGGUUUCACGAGAAGCACGUCAUCAAUAUUCGAACCAAUAAUCGAAGGUUAAUUUAUCCGAAUGAUUUUACAUAAAUACGUAUAAAUAUUUGAUCGUAGACACGAGAUUAAAUGCGAUCGAGUGUGAAGAGCACGUGUGUUGUACACACAUCCCUUAUAUAAACCCAUGCAUAUUUCGGCAUAUUUUUUGCUCUCGUAGAUUCGAUUAAGAAUUAAGUGUAUAACGUUAAUAAAAGAAAAAUUCACUUUGUA